UUUCGUCAAGACUCUUACAGGAAAAACUAUUACUCUUGAAGUUGAAGCUUCUGAUACUAUUGAAAAUGUUAAGGCUAAAAUUCAAGACAAAGAAGGUAUUCCCCCUGACCAACAAAGAUUGAUUUUUGCUGGUAAACAGCUGGAAGAUGGUCGUACUCUUUCUGAUUAUAAUAUCCAAAAAGAAUCUACACUUCAUCUUGUUUUGCGA